GCACUCUUAUGGGAAAGGAAUUCAAGGUGUUGCAUAUGUGCGAUUUGGUGUAAUUGAUGAAAAUGAGAAAAAAGUCUUUCUUCCAGGACUCGAACAACAGCUAUCAAUUCAAAAUGGAAAAGGAAGAGUUACUUUAAGUACAUCACUUUUGGAAGGGAAAUUAAGAAAGAGUAUUUCCACUCUGGAAGGGUUUCAUUUAUAUGUUGCUGUUACCACUGUAGAAACUGCAAGUGGGGAGAUGAGGGAAGAGGAACUCAGCAAUGUGAAGUUUGUGAAAUCUCCUUACGCCGUUGAUCUGUCUAACACCAAAAAGUACUUUGUGCCUGGAGCCCCUUUCUCUGUUGUGGCAUCUGUCACUUUGACUGAUGGCUCUCCUGCUGCCUCUGUACCUGUCACUGCUACCGUUACCUUUCCCGGAGAACUCCCAGUGAAGAAGACUGCACUUUCUAAUAAAGAGGGUGUAGCCUCUUUUACAUUCAACAUUCCUGGAGACAUUGAGAAGUUUCAAGUAACGGUAAAGGCUGAAGAAGGAAAAGAAAAAUUAGAAUCACCUGAAACCAUUGUCAGAGCUGACAGAUACCAGUCUGCUUCCCAGAAUUACCUCAGCAUCAGCAUCCCACAUACUAUUGUGGCACCUGGAGAUACCUUACAAAUCACCUUGAAUGAUAUUCAUCCAUCUGGCAGUGGAAAGAUUGACUAUUUCUAUUACAUG